AUGGACGCCGGGUGGCUGCGCUAUCUGUUCCUAGGCUGCUGCCUGGCGGGGCGCUGGGGGGUCUGGGCGCAGAAACCCCCGACCGGGGAAUACUGCCACGGUUGGAGAGACGCGCAGGGCAGGUCCCACGGAGGAUUCCUCUGCCCGGAACGCUUCGACACCCCGGACGCCACCAUCUGCUGCGGUUCCUGCGCCUUGCGCUAUUGUUGCGCCGCCAGCGAAGCGCGCUUGGAGCAAGGCGGGUGCGCGGACGACCCCGAGCCGCAGGUCCCGGCGGGGAACGCCCAGCCCACCUACAUCCCCUUCCUCAUCGUCGGCUCCAUCUUUGUCGCUUUCAUUUUCGUGGGGUCCUUUGUCGCCGUGUAUUGCUGCACCUGCCUGAGGCCGAAGCCCACCUCGCGAGCCCCCGUCAGGUUCUCGCUACGAAGCUACCAGAUGGAGACUUUACCCAUGAUCCUCAGCGCAUCCAAUUUACGGAUUCCCUCCAGGCCCUCCAGCCCGGCGACCAACUCCGGUCCGUCGGAUUCCCUCUGCCAUUUUCCCCUCAUCAGGCCCGAACGCGGGAGCCGGGAAAUGUCUUCACCGCCACCAUACACGGCAGGGGGCUUGCCGAUGGGCCCUUCUCUCAACCCCUCGCAGACACCUGGAUUUAUGGUGUCAACCACACCGUAG